AGUGCGAAACGUCAUCAUCCCGCGACGCCGACGCUGUAAUAGGACGCCCUCCCGGAAGUGGGCUCUAGAUCUGGCAGUCGAAGUGGCAGCGGGUGGCCUCCGAGACCAGAUCCGGGGAGGUCGCAGCUGAACUGUUUGUCUACGUUUCCUCCGGAUCCCUCCUGAAUCCUCCAGGUCCGCGCAGAGAGGAAACUUCUCCGUCGUCAUGGGGGGCGGAGAUCUGAAUCUGAAGAAGAGCUGGCACCCCCAGACCCUUCGCAAUGUGGAGAAGGUGUGGAAGGCCGAGCAGAAGCAUGAGGCUGAGCGGAAGAAGAUCGAAGAGCUGCAGCGGGAGCUGCGGGAGGAGCGGGCCCGGGAAGAGAUGCAGCGCUAUGCCGAGGACGUCGGGGCCGUCAAGAAAAAAGAAGAAAAAUUGGACUGGAUGUAUCAGGGUCCUGGUGGGAUGGUGAACCGUGAUGAGUACUUGCUGGGGCGCCCCAUUGAUAAGUACGUUUUUGAGAAGAUGGAGGAGAAGGAGGCAGGCUGUUCUUCGGAGACAGGACUGCUCCCAGGUUCCAUUUUUGCCCCAUCCGGUGCCAAUUCCCUCCUCGACAUGGCCAGCAAAAUCCGGGAGGACCCGCUCUUCAUCAUCAGGAAGAAGGAGGAAGAGAAAAAAAGAGAGGUGUUGAAUAAUCCCGUGAAAAUGAAGAAAAUCAAAGAAUUGUUGCAGAUGAGUCUGGAAAAAAAGGAGAAGAAGAAAAAGAAGGAGAAGAAAAAGAAGCACAAGAAACAUAAGCACAGAAGCUCAAGUAGCGAUGGCGGCAGCAGCCAGGAUGAGCGCAGCCGGGGGAGAGCUCAAAAGAAGACGGCAGAUUCUUCCCCUGUUUUGUCCAAAGCCCCUGGAUACGGCUUACAGAUCAGGGACUCCUACCACAGCCAGGGACUGCAGAGUCCUCUGACGGCCAAGCAAAAGGGAAUGCACGGGUUGAAGAAUUAUUCCAGGUCCAGAAGCUCCUCCCACUCACCUCCCAGACACGCCAGCAAGAAGAGCAGCAGAGAAGCAGGGUCCCGGGACAGGAGUUCUCGAUCCCCAGGCAGAAGGUCACGGUCCCCAAGGCCAAGCAAACCGCACAACUCUAAGGUCAACAGGAGAGAGAGAGGCCGCACUAAGAGCCCAUCGCCUAAAAAAGAGGUCUAUCAAAGGCGCCACGCUCCUGGAUACACCAGAAAGCUCUCAUCAGAGGAACUAGAGCGAAAACGGCAAGAGAUGAUGGAAAAUGCUAAGUGGCGGGAGGAAGAGAGGCUAAACAUCCUCAAGAGGCACGCUAAGGAUGACGAACGGGAGCAGAAGCUGGAGAAGCUGGGCUCCCGAGAUGGAAGGUUUAUCCAUCGCAUGAAGCUGGAGAGUGCAUCUACCUCCUCCCUGGAGGACCGGGUAAAACGGAAUAUCUACUCUCUGCAGAGAACCUCAAUAGCUCUGGAGAAGAACUUUAUGAAAAGAUGAAAACCAUCCCCUCUUUUGUUGGUUUUCCUGAAUUUUCCAGGGAGGCUGCUGAUCCCUUAAAAAUUCUCUUUAUAAGA